AUGUCUUCCGUCACCGACAAGCAGUUCACUGUCCCCCUGCCCACCGCCACCGGACUCUCUCAGCCUGCUGGUCAAAUCCUCAAGGGCGCCACUGACGACAAUGGCAAGCUCCGCGAUGCCUCUCUGCUCCUUGGCAUCAAGCUCGAUCUUGAGGCCGAGGUUCACCUGACUGCCCGUGUCAAGGGUGAUGUCGUUGUUGGUCUCUAUUAG